GAUAGAUAGAUAGAUAGCGUUUUUCCAAAUGUGGACAUCCAAACAUUUGGCAAACCUCUGGGUACAAUACACACACACGCACACAAACACACACACACACAAAAACAACACAAGAUAAUUUACUAAUAGAACUAAGAAAAAAGCGUAGUCCUGUGUUUGCCAGAUACGUCACUGAUGCGUGAGUCGUAUCCAUAUUAUUAAUUUUAUCAUGUCAUUUGAAAUGCCACAACAUUGGAUAGCAUCUUAUAUUCUUUACCAUGUCUGAUUUUGCGAGCGUUGGUGUUAUGCGAAACCGCUUUGUCCAGUAUUAAACGCCAGAUGACGCUCUUGUCUAACGGUCUCGCCCUUUUUUAGCCCAGAUCGUUGGAUGAUUUCCAUACCGAGAAGUUAUCGGUCACGUUUCCUUGUCUAUCAAUAAUCUCCUGGGGAUCAAGCCAGUUUAUGACUGGCCAAGAGUUGCACGUGAUUCUAUUUAAACAUCCCAUAUUUGGGCAUUAUAUGUCGUAUCAAGAAAAAAAAGGAAAAUGAUUUCCUCCACUUAUAAACCCUGCUCUUUUUUAGGACAAACCUGGUCCCCAAGAAAUACAAAUAAAACCCAAUAAACAAAUAAAACUCCCAAACAACUUAUGAAUACUUUAUUAGCUGAUUCAGGCUCUGUUGUGUGGCUUUUGUGAUUCGUUGGAUAUUUUGUUUUGGAUACGAGUGCAUACGUUGCAAAGUCUUUUUCUAAGCAAACGCAAGACACCUCCUCUUGUAGAAUGCACACUUUUGGCAACUAUGGAUCUCUCUCUGAGUUCCACCAGUCCAAUUACGCGUACGAAGGGCUUGAUCUCAGCGGAUCCUUCACUUCUCAAAUCCCCUCCAAUUCUUUGAAACGGGAGGCGAUAAACACAUCUGACCGUGCAAGGACCAGUGCAGCAAUUCAGCGACCACAGUCCUGUUUGGCUCUGGACUCUCGUAGCUUUGUAGGCACUUGCGGGUACAGCCCCCUCAGUCACGGACUGUUGAGCCAAAAAGCCGAAGGGAAUAUGGAAGUUAUGGAGAAGCCCGGCGGAAAGAGCCUCAUGGGCGAUAUCAAAAUGGAGACUUCUUCGGCGAUAAAGCAACAAACUAAUUCAAUUCAGUCUCAGCGUCAGAACCAGUCGCAGCCGCAGAUAUAUCCGUGGAUGACAAAACUACACAUAAGCCACGAAUCUGACGGUAAAAGGUCACGAACCAGUUACACCCGCUUCCAGACUCUGGAGUUGGAGAAAGAGUUCCAUUUCAACCGAUACCUCACACGCCGCAGACGUAUCGAGAUUGCCAAUAACCUCUGCUUGAAUGAGCGCCAAAUUAAAAUUUGGUUCCAGAACCGUCGCAUGAAGUGGAAGAAGGACUCAAAGUUGAAAGUGAAAGGAGGACCAUAAAUAAUGAGUUGUACGGCUUCAACAGCCUGAAAAAACAUGUCAAGGAUCAUUUUUACUGAAAUAAACUAUUUAAAAUUGAGUUUCCUGUUCUACCAUAGUUGAUAAAGUCUUUCAUGUGUCUGCAAUACCAUGUUGUUAUAUGCAUAUGCCCAUAUUUGCCAUAUUUAUUGAUAGUGUCCAUCCCAAGGGUGCAGGAGGUGCUUAUUUGAAUCAUAGGCUAUGAUCUACAACUUUACUUGAAUGUUCUUUGCUAAAAUCGGUUGUACAUAUAGUCUUUACAUAUACCAAGGUGUGCAUAUAAUUACGAUGACUCAAAUGUGUGUCUUUAAGCUUGAACAUUCAUCAAUCUACCAACUGUAUUUUGCAUUUCGAUGUGGCUUGUCUUUUAUUAAUUGUGCUGUCUGUCGUAAUUACAUGAACUAUUAUAUCCACACAAGGAGGGUAAACCGCACACAGUGCUAAUAAGUGUCAUAUUAAUGGCUAUUGUUAUCAUCCGUAAACCAGGAGCCUAUGAAUGGUCCGUUCAAAUACUGUACAAUGAGAAUAUUUACUCUUUUAUAGUAAAUUGUUCGAGUUGGCUAAUUUUAAAGCAGGUACCUUGACUUUUGUUAGACUCGACAGUCUACAUAGGUCACGCUGUGACAGUUUAUAGAUACAUCUUUAACCAAAAAUGCUAUACGACCCAUAGGCCUGCAGUACUUUUGUGCGAAGCGGAUUUGUUUUUGUAAUUAUGAUACAAAUCCUGUUUUCAUGUUAUUCCAACUGUUUGUUUGCUGAAAUGUAUCUGGUACGCCACAUUAAUAAGCUCCAAGUCCUUAAUCAAUUAUUCGCUGUUAAUGCCUAAACACGUCUAUACAGUGGCAAAAUAUCGGCCAUUUUCGUUAGCUCAGGCUUAAAAGCCAACUGUGUCCAAGAAAACAAUGUAGCAUUGUAAA